UGUAUAGAAAUACUCUUAAAAUAAAUUAAUUCUCAAAUAUUAGAUGGGAGGAACAAUUCCUAGAGAAAGAUGGGGGAAAUCAAUGAUGGAAUGUAAUAUGGAUAGUGAAAAUUCAGAAAGUGAAAUUAUUGAGUAGCCUAGUAUAAUAUAAACAUAACCAAGUGAUCAAUAAUCAUUUGUAUAUCAGAAAUUCAAUAUUGAUUAAAAUUUUCCGAAUUGGCUUAAAGAAAUGUAUAUAAAGCAUGGAGCUUAUUAAUCUAAUGAAAAAUUAUAAUUAGAGGAAUAAUGUUAUUUUAAUUAAUAGGAAUCUGAUGGUUAUAUUUUUUUUUAAGGGUUUAUGUAAGCUGAACAAAAGCAUGGAUAUGGGAUAAUGCUAAAAGAUGAGUAAUUUUAUGAAGGAAGUUUUUAAUAUGAUAUAAAGUGUGGAUGGGGUAGAUAAAUGGAACAAAAUUUAUUGAUGGUAUAAAAUAAUUAUAAUAAUAAAAGUAAGGAUAUUGGUAAAACAAUUAGAUAGUUAGAGAUUUAGAAAUAAAAAAAGUUAAUGAAAAAUAUUUUGGUUAAUGUUUAAAUGGUAAACCUCAUGGAAAGGGUAAAUUGAAAUUUGAAGAGGAAGAUGAGAUAUAUGAAGGUGAUUUUGUAAAUGGAAUAAGAGAAGGGAAAGGAAUUUUAAUAAAUUUAAUAUAUAAUUGUUAAUAUGAUGGAGAUUUCAAGAAUGAUAAAUUAGAAGGUAAAGGAAUAUUUAUAUUUGAUAAUGGAUAAGAAUAUGAAGGUGAAUUUUAAAAUAAUUAAAUGAAUGGUAAAGGAUAUAUGAAAUACUUAGAUGGGAGAUUUUAUAAAGGUCUAUUUAAUAUAUUAAUAUAAAGGUGAUUUUUUAGAAAAUAAAUAACAUGGUAAAGGAAUAAUGAAAGAUAAAGAUGGUAUUUAUGAAGGGGAAUUUGAAAAUGGUUAGAAGCAUGGAUUUGGUAGAAUGAAAUUGAAUAAUAAGAAUGAAUUAUUUGGUAAAUGGGAAAAUGGUGUUUUAAAAGAAAAAGGUGAAUGA